AUGAGUCUGAGACACAUUGAGGGGCUUCGUUUCCCUCUCCCUGCUCUGUUGGUGCAAAUAAUUUCAAACUCCGGAGCUCACAUUUCUCAAUUUCUUCCGAACGCUAUCCAAUCCAUAGUUGGCGCUCAGAUGAUAGGAACUCUUAGGAAUGUCAACAUUCAAUCGGAUGACAUCUACGCAUGCUUUACUACGUCGACUAACAAGGCAAUAGAGGGUAAACCCUGGAAGACUUUCUAUCUUUCCCCCAAAAAGGACCGAACGAUCUUUACUGAUUUUGAGAGCUCCCACAGAAAUUGGGAUAAAUACUUCUUCGCAAUUGGAGGAGCGUGGUAUCUUGAAUUUCUGCCUCAGGAAAUUUUUCCUUUGGCCAGGGUGUUCAUAAAAGAUUUCUCAUGGCCUCAAGUCAGCAUGAGUCCCGAGCGACAGAGCUUGCUGCCAGAGAAGGGGCUUCUGCACGAGUCCAAGGAAAAUUCCAUUAGCAUCAGAGGUGUGAUGAACCCCUACUGUAUGCAAAUCAUGACCCGGCUCUGCUUCAUGGAUCAAACCAAUAUUGGUGCCAUGCGAGUCAGUUUGCAGAAGGGCGACAUGACCUUAGGUAAAAUUACAGCUACAUGCGCGAGGCAGCUGGGAGCAUUUUUGAAGAAAUCUCCCCCUGCUUCUUCAACUCUGUCGCUAUCGAAGACUAAGUGCGAAAGGGCAUGCUCUGAGACCUUUUCUGCGUGUGCCAAGUGCCAAGGGAUCCCUGAAAAUAAAAAGAGAGAAGGCUCUGGCUCAACUCCUGCUGCAAAAUCGUCUCCUGAUAAGUCUGCUUUGGCACGCAGAUCUUCUCGUAUACAUGGGCGCUCUUCUACGCCUUCUGACGCUCUUCAGAUCCAACCUCUGCAACAGGUGCCUCUGCCAAAGGAUUCCUUAGGGAAGAGGAAGGCGCGAGAGGAGUCUUCUGAUGAAGACUCGGACGAUGGGAAGUGUAUUUCGUCCAAGCUUCAGAUCCCAAGGGGACCUGCUUCUGCUGCUAGAGGUUCUCUUCUUGCGAUCCCCAGGCUUACUCCUGGGAAGUUACCAAUCGGGCAGCUCUGUCAUUAUGCAAGAAGCCUCAAGGGUUUACCCCCAUUGGCUCUUUACCUACAUCAUCUUCUUCUUCGACUGCAAUUGGAUCCCCCUUAG